CUAGUGGUAACCCUCGCUCAGAACACACCUGCACAGGCUUCGUAACUCAUAUAGAGGCACGCAUACACAUGAAUUCGGUCUGUCUACACCACACAUCAAAACAAAUCCAAGAGGAUGGACCCAUCCUUCUCGGAUGAUUUCCUUUUGGGGCAUGAAACCGACCUUCAAACCUCAAAAGGAAUGAUGUCCAUGGAUGAAUCCAUUCCUCCGAUUACUGCCUUAGACUUUAGAGAAUCCAAAGACAGGUCGGAUGUCAACGAUACCAUGACGGAUUCGUGGAAUAACAAUCACAAUAUGUUUAAAGGGAAGGAUUUGGUCACGUCUUCGGAUGCUCUCUCUCCUGUUAUGCUUGAUAUGAAUCUCUCAAAAUUCAAAUCAUGUGAUGAAGAUUCCAUUAUCAACUCGCCUUUCUCUAGCCCUUUACUCGGUCAACUAGGACUGGGAUUGGGUGACGAUGUUCAGCUUUACGAGACAGUAGACUACAUCCCACCUUACACCAGUUGUGAUGAAUUUGACAUAAUCGAUCCUUUCGUCAACUCCGAUCUGAUCUUGGAAAACAAAGUUGACAUGUUAGAUAUUCCUGGAAAGGGUCGUUGCUCGGUUCAUUUGGCCAGAUACUCCUAUGAUCCCUUUCGCCAAUCCUUAAAUGAUAACCCCGAGUAUGAAUUACCCUUGGGGAGUGGAGAUUAUGUCUUAGUUUGGGGAGAUGCCGAUGACGAUGGCUACUUCGAAGGGGAACUCCUGGACGGACGUCGCGGCAUCCUCCCGUCCAAUUUCGUGGAGCGUCUGUGUGGUGACGAUCUGAUGGAAUUUCAUAGGAGUGCCGUCUUAGCUCAAGAAUCCUCUUGCCCUGAGGAUUACUCUACUUGUGUUCCCUUGAAUCUACCUUGUGAUACGUCCGGAACACCAAAGUUCAAUGCCGCACCAAUUUAUGAAGAGGAGAGCCAUCUGCUCAAUGCCACGUACUAUUCGCCGGAAGCGGAAGAGGACUAUAUGGUGCCGAGACACGAUACCCUUGUAGAACCCACUAACAACGACAGCAGCACAAUCAACGACAAUCAUAGCACAUCGGGUGUUCCUGCACCACGUCACUUAACCCUUGAGCGCCAGUUGAAUAAGAGUAUUUUGAUUUCGUGGUUACCGCCAGAGGGCAAUCAGUACCAUAUCGAAAUGUAUCACGUCUACGUGGAUGGAUUUCUGAGAACCACGGUCAAGGCUACCGAUAAAACCAAGGCCUUGGUCGAAGGAGUGGAAAACAACAAACCCCAUCGUAUUUCGGUCCGCUCUGUUUUGGUGAAUCGCAAGACAUCCAAAGACGCCGCUUGUACGAUGAUAAUCGGAAAAGACGCCCCACUCGGUCCUUCUUGUGUCAAGGCCAGUAAUGUGACCAGCUCCUCGGCCAUCAUUUCUUGGUUGCCCAGUAAUAGUAACUUUCAGCACACUGUGUGCAUCAACAACGUGGAAAUCAGGACCGUCAAGUCAGGCGUCUUCAAGCAUAGCAUAACCGGUUUGAGCCCAAACACGAUCUACAAGGUCACUAUACGAGCCAAAAACAUCAAGGCAUCCCCUUAUGUGGACGAAAAGAGUUUGUCAAAGCUAUUGGAAAAGCUGUCAGCACACACCGAUUUCAGAACACUCAACAAGGCUCUGCCUGAUCCACCCUUGGAUGUUCGCGUGGAUGGCGGCCCUCAAGAUGGUACCAUCUUGGUCACUUGGAUCCCCGUUUGCGAUUCUUCAGUUGGCGGCGAACAGGGGCACACAUUCACUCCAGUCACCGGCUACGCCGUGUUUGCCGAUGGCAAAAGAGUCACCGAUGUGGAUUCACCCACUAGUGACCACGCUUUGAUUGAUCUUGGAUGCAUUGGCCAUUUUCACCCCAAAUUAAUCACCGUUCGAUCAAAAAGCCGCGACUUACUCUCCAACGAUAGCACUGCCGUUCCAAUUACGGCCCACAAGCAUGCCAAAAGAAACGGGAAGACAACCUUCGACAAUCGCUCUCGUCACGGCCAAUCCUCGGUUGGUACCCGUGGGGCCCGGCGUUACAACAAAGCCAUGAGGGACCACACGGGUCAAAUCGUUUUCGAUCAGGAUGAAGAAAACAUGAGUGAAAAGGAAAUGUACGCUCGCAACCUGCCUGCCAUAGAAAUCACGCGCGAGUCUCCAAGUGAAAUGGACAACUUGACGGAUGACGACAGUAGAAAUUAUCGAAGUAGACGAAGCGCUCGAGCAUCCCGUCGGAGACACGGAGGACCUCGCAAAGACCCGUCAAGAAUAUUCGUGGCCUUAUUCGAUUAUGAUCCACCCACUAUGUCUCCCAAUCCAGAAGCGUGCGACGACGAACUUUUCUUCAGAGAGGGACAAUUGAUCAAGAUCAUUGGCGAGAAGGACUCGGACGGAUUUUAUUGGGGAGAAUGCAACGGCCAAAGCGGAUUUGUGCCCUGUAAUAUGGUUUCGGAGGUUCAGGUUGAGGAUGAAAGAUACCUUAAAGAGGAUUUGAGAAGACGCCCAAACAACGCAAGGCAAAUGAGCCGAGACAAUCGCCGAGAAAUGUACUCCUCAAACGCAGUGCGGAAAAUGAUAGCCCUCUAUGAUUAUGAUCCGCAAGAGCUGUCUCCCAACGUAGAUGCUGAGGUGGAACUGAGCUUCAAAACCGGCGAUAUCAUUUACGUCCACGGAGAAAUGGAUGACGACGGCUUCUACUUGGCCGAACUUCGAGGCAGUCGUGGCCUUGUGCCCUCAAACUUCUUGACCGAUGCAGCCAACUCGUCAUAUCAGGGCAAAGCAUUGGGCCCCAAUCAAGUUCCCCCUCCCCCACCUCGAGAAAUCAAACCCAAAGAAGUCACGCCUCAGCCCAAAUCAACAUCAGUUUUUGGCCAAGUCAUGGGCUCAUUAGUUGGACAUGCCACUCCGUCCGUCAGUAAGCCUCAACCAACCCCGACUGCUCCUCCGCCCGUUUCAAUUGCACCAACAAUUGCUCCCAAAAAGGCGCCCACGAGCUCGUUUGAUUUGGACAAAAUACCGGGAUUAGAUGAUGACUAUAGGCCAGAAACAAGGCCUUUAACACCCUCCCGACAACAACAGCCGUUAAUGGGCGCUAGCCAGCCAAAGCCCCAUCCUCAACCCGUCAAGCCUGAUCCGAACGCCCAACCUCAACAAGAAGGGGGCCUACUGGGCGGUCUAACGUCCGGCAUAUCUGGCCUAACAGCCUCCACCGGCGUGUCUGGCAUUACUGGCAAAUUGGGCGACUUGGCCGGCUCAGCCACGAAUGCUGGAGGAGGAAUUCUGAACUCAGGGAAGGGUCUUUUCAAAAAGUUCGGUUUUUAAUCUGCUUCUCUAUUAUCAAUAAACCUUCAUCAUCCAGUCGCUCUAUUGCAA